GCCGAGCAGCAGCCAGGUACUAUGUCAGGGAUGGUUAUGCUUAAUAAUGUUCCUGUGUUUGCUUUAUUCGAUACCAGAGCGACACAUUUUUUCAUUUCACGACGAUGUCUUGAUGCCAUCGGAGUUUAUGCCGUUACCACUGUCGAUCCUCUUGAGGUGAGUUUAGCCUCGGAACGAAAGAUAGUGACCUCAACUAAAGCUUCAGAUCUUAGCCUUUCCAUCGGUGGUCGUUCAUUGUCUGCCGACGCGUAUGUUCUUGAGAUGAGGGACUUCGACCUCAUUCUCGGGAUGGAUUGGCUAUCCUUUUAUCAUGCAGAUAUCAGAU